AUGAAUUACGAUGUGGGUGACCGGGAACUCAUAGCUAUCAAGUUGGCCUUAGAUGAGUGGCGGCAUUGGCUCGAGGGGGCCCAACACCCUUUUGUUGUGUGGACAGACUACAAAAACCUGGAGUACGUACAGAAAGCCAAACGUCUCAACUCCAGGCAGGCUAGUACGCUCCCGGGUCCUGCAGUGGGGGCAUUCUUCACAGCUGACAAGUCAUCCUGGCACUGGAAGAACGCUGGAGUUUCUGAAGAGGCGGUUCUGGUGGCCAGGGAUGACCACAGAUGUAAAGGCUUUUGUUGCUGCUUGUCCGGUCUCUCCCCUUUUGAGUGCCAGUUUGGGUUUCAGCCUCCCCUAUUCCCUGACCAAGAAGCAGAUGUCGGUGUUCCCUCUGCCCAUCACUAUGUCAGACGGUGCAGGCGUGUCUGGCACAAGGUUCGAUUGGCUCUAAAGAGGUCUGCUCGCCGCUCCCAACUCCAGGCCAAUUGUCGACGCAGAUCUGCUCCAUCAUUGCAGAGGGUUAAUCCUGUCUGCUAUCGGCUUCAGCUUCCACGGACUAUGUGCAUUAAUCCCACCUUUCAUUUCUCCCGCCUUCGCCCAGUCUCCACCAGUCCAUUGGUACCUGCCACUAAACCACCACCCCCUCCUAGGAUCGUUGACUGGGAACCGGUCUACACUAUACAUCGCCUUCUGGACCCCUGUCGAGUCGGAAGGGGUCUCCAAUACCUUGUGGACUGGCAGGGAUAUGGUCCAGAGGAGCGCUCCUGGGUUCCGGCUCGGAAUAUUCUGGAUCCUGGCCUCAUUAAAGACUUCCAUCGGGAUCACCCAAGUUGCCCCAGAGGGAACGUCAGGAGACGUUUAUAGAGGGGGGUUCCUGUUAUGAGUUUGUGCCUGUAAUUCCAGUUUUGUCCUUGAGGGGUCACUGUUGGGUUUUUCUGUUGCUGUUAACCUUCAAUGUUUGAUAAUUAGUCAUUA